AUGUCGCUUGCGGGCACAGGCUCGGGUGGUGUGCCCCUUGGCGGGUCAUCGAUGACGACCAAAGCAUCUGUCAACGAAGCCACCAAAGAGAACAACAGAUCCGCCCGACUAUCUUCCACUACCGCCAAGGACGACACGAUGACGGCGGCCAAGGAUCGCGUCACCUCCAAGAAGCGUGCAGCCUCUGUUGGAGGCGCCGAGCUCGAUACGCUCUUGAAGGAGUCCGCAUCAAAAGUCAAUGCUACCGUGACUUCGGCAAGUAGACGAAAUGCACCAGCACCCCGAAAGAGCGCCAUUCGCCAGGUUCCACAAGUCUUUCUCAGUCCCACAGGUCUCGUUCCAAGUCCCGAAUCCAGGAGGGGUCUACCCAUGCCCUCGCUCACCGAACAGAUCGCUCAGAUUGGCAGACCUGAACCCGCGACCAAUGGCAAGUCGGGUCGAGCCUCCCUGCCCAAUCACAAAGCUUCCGAGCGCAGUGCUGCGUCCAGCUCAAGCUCAAGUGUAGGCAAGGCUCGCGAUUCCAUGCAAGCGACCAGCUUUGCCUCGCUGGGUGGCGCUGCAACCAGUAUUCUCUCGGCCCCUACUGCCGCAGCACCUGCCCCAAGAAACGCCAUGACCCAAAUUGUGCGACCCAGGCGAAGAGUGACCUUCAGCUCUCGACAGGAAAAGACAGAGUUUGCUCGCGACGAGCCCACCCUCCGUCUUGGCAGCUUGAGGAGGGAACAUGUCUCACCGCCAUCGACGCCUGCCAGCUCUUCCAUCGUCAGCGCUGGGUUUGCUUCCUACAUUCAGUCCCAAGACGACGACUCGAGUUCGGACAGCGACAGCGAGAGCGAGUCCGAAUCCGAAUCCGACAUGGACCUCGACGCCUCCAAUGACCUGGCCGCCAGGUCGCUUGCUGCAUCCAUCGCAGCCUCUUUGCCUCACGACGACUCUACUCUGGAACCUUCCAUGGACGCGUCGACGGACGACAGCAACGUCUCUGCCUCGAACUCUAGCGUCAACAUGGAUUUCACCGGCACACAUGGUUCUGUCAACAAGCGUCUCCUCGCUGACACUUCCGACGACCAGGUCUCUAUGAGCCUCGCAGCGGGAGGCGAGGAAUCGAUGCAGAUGGACAUCACGCAAGCCAUGAACUCCGCACCAGCUUUGAAGCGCAGACGAAGCAGCAACACCGCUGCAGACGACUCGGCCUCGACUGACGCCUCCGACAGCUUGGAGCGAGGUACUGAUGCGUCUGCCAUGGACUUGGAGAACACCGUCACCAUGGAGUUCACCGGCGUACACGCUCCCGUCGGAGGGGACGACGACGAGUCCGAGGACUCUGACAGCAGCGAUGCGAGCGACAGCAUGGACAUGACCAAAGCCAUCACCACGAAAAUUGAGGCCAAGAAACACGGCGAUGCCACGACCACGGUCAUCACCACCUUCCCCGAGCUGGGCAGCAGCGACUCCGAAGGCGACGACACCAUUCAGCCAGACGCAACCAUGCCCAUGGAGAUGACCCGCGCCGUCACAGGUUUCAUCCGUGAGAAGGACCCCGUGUCGAGCGACAUGGACCUUGUCGACUCGAGUUCCAGCAGGGCGUUCGGUCCUCCGUCAUCCGAUGAUGCCUCGAUGGCGAUGGACAUGACCAUGCCCAUGGGCUCCAACGUGUCACCUUCCAAACCCAACAUGACUCCCUCGAGGUCGGCAACCAAGCUUGGCACGGGUGCGCCGAGCCCCUUCCAGCCAACACCAGGGAAAUCGCCUAGCCGUUUCCGUCAGUCUCUGCGCGGAGGUGUUGCUGCUCUCGAGGCAGGAUCCAGUUCGCCAGCGCAGCGUGUUGGAGGUGCCCUACCGCCGAAAGGACACGUUCCAAACUCCAGCAUCCCAACCGACACUUCUUCCUUCCGAAGAGCCAUCAUUGGUGGCAUCGCCACGCCCUCGUACCAGCAUUCACCUGCGAGACGGGUACAGGCGCAGCAACAGGCUGCGGACGAAAGGCCAGGAGCUCCGCUCACAGCCGAUAACCUGGCUAUGGCGGGUCGUGCCGCGAGUGCGUCGCCGUCGUCCAAGAACAAAACCUCGGCCGCCUCCUUGAUGGCCGGACAGCGCAGAUCGUUGAGCACUGUCGGCUUCAACUGGCCUUCGAGCGGCCCUGCUGCAUCGACCUCGCGCUUCUCUCCCUCAAAAGGAAUGAGUCCGAGGCGACGCGCUGGGCGCUCGUCCCUUGUUGCGGCCGUCUUGCCGGACCUUUCCUCGGCAGCAACCAACGAGGAGUCCUUCCACUCGGCCGUCGAGUCUGGCAUCAGGGGCUCCAAUGGGGCCAGCAGCGAGCCGCAAGACAGCUCCAUUGCACACUCUGCUGCGUCGGAUCUUGGCGUCGGCGUCGACAGCUUCGACGACUACAGCAACGAUGAGCGCAACCAAGUGCCGGUGCAGAUGCCGCUCAACGACUUCCUCCGCUUUGUCGGCGUUCACUUUAACGAUGACAUGAGCGCCUCGCGUCGCAAGCCUGUGCCUCCCGCAAAAACAGAGCAGGGCACCGAUGGUGGCGCUGUAGCAGGUCCAUACGGGCCUGUCUCCAUGAUGCGUCUAGUCAAAGCAGCCUGUGGAUCUGUUCCGCAGCUCGAGGCGCUCCGAGAGGCGUGCCGCGAGAUCAAGGAGCAGGUGGACGACGGUCGAGAAAAGAUGGUCGAGAUGGAGCAGGCCUUUUACGACUCACCACCCGACUUUGUGCGCGAGAUCAUGGGUCUGCAGAACGAAGAGGAGAGACGAGACAUGGAAGCACAGUUCAAGCUGCAGAAGCAGGCCGCGCGUGCACUCGUCAGCGCUGACUACUACGGCUGGCGACUCGACAAGGAAUUCGACCAAGAGAUGAUCCAGACGCUCCAAGCUUACCACGGACGGCUGCAGUGCGAUCUGCACAUUGUCAACACCAAAAAGGAACAGCUUCAGCAAGAGAUCUUGCCCGUGUUGCGGAUCAAGCAUGCCAAGCUCAAGGCGGAUCUUUCCCUGGCCAAGCAGCGUCAAGCCGAGAUCGAGACGUGCGAUGCCGAUGAGCUCAAGGGGCUCUACUCGAGCAUCGAGGAGCAGCACGAGGUGCUCGAAUCCAUGAGGGCCAAGUUGAUGGAUGUCGAGGAGCAGCACGAGCGUCUGCUGGUGCGACUCGAGGAGAACCGCGAAAAGAUGGCCGCGGCCCAGGAGAUGGUCGACAAGGCGCACGCUACGGUCGAUCAGAUUCAAGGCUACACGCGUGGCGAAGCUGGACGUCUGCUGCGCGAGAUCCGCAACCUGGAGAAGCUGCACCUUGUGCGCAUCUUGGACAACGGGUUCGACCCUAGUCUCGACGAGGUGGAGAAGGGAUCCGAGAACGUCGAGCAGGGCAGCAGCCGCGAUGUGGUACUGAUCCUCGACGGCUGGCUGCAGAUCUCUAUGACUCUGUUGGCCACCAACAGCAGUCACCAGCUCCCGAACAACAGCAAGCUGUCGCGCAUUCAGCUCAAACAAAAGGGGACACGGGCUAGCAACGACGACACCAACCUCGUCAGAAAGCUUUCUGUCCAGAUCCUGCAAAGCGAUUUCGAUGUCGAGUUUGCCGACGGUGUGCCUCAAGAUGCACUCGUAAUCCUCCGUCGAAUCUCGCAAACGCUCAUCCGUCAACGCAUCUUGCUGGCAGAGAUCGAGCACCUCCGUUGCCGUUUCCCCGUGCAGCUACUCGACGACAUUGUCAAGUGCCCACCGACGAUUCUCGACAGAUCGCCGGAUGCAUCCACGAGCUCCUCAUCCGACGCCGACGCCGAGCGAGUUGACAAUGAGGUGGCGCUGCAGGCUUCUGUGCUGCUGCCUAACAAGCGAAGCAAGAUCGUGAUAUCGGCGACGUCGGAUCUCAAGGGAGCGGGUGAGAGCCGCUCAAUCCUGCUGGCGGACAGCGUGAGGGUGGAGAGGGUGUACGGCAGCGUGGAUGCCGAAGCCAUGUCGUUGCAGAUUCUGGAUUGCAUCGAGACGGAUCCGACGAUUGGCUCGCUCAGCAAGGCUUUCAUCGAGACGAUCGAGACGUUUGACAGCUGA